GCCGCCCGAGCACCAUGAAUCAGAUCGAGCCCGGCGUGCAGUACAACUACGUGUACGACGACGAUGAGUACAUGAUCCAGGAGGAGGAAUGGGACCGCGACCUGCUCCUCGACCCCGCCUGGGAGAAGCAGCAGAGGAAGACCUUCACUGCCUGGUGCAAUUCCCACCUAAGGAAAGCUGGCACCCAGAUCGAGAACAUUGAGGAGGACUUCAGGAAUGGUCUUAAACUCAUGCUGCUUUUGGAAGUCAUCUCAGGGGAAAGAUUGCCCAAACCUGACCGAGGGAAAAUGCGAUUUCAUAAAAUCGCUAAUGUCAACAAAGCCUUGGAUUACAUAGCCAGUAAAGGCGUGAAGCUGGUAUCCAUCGGGGCUGAAGAAAUUGUUGAUGGCAAUGUGAAAAUGACACUGGGUAUGAUCUGGACUAUCAUUCUUCGCUUUGCUAUUCAGGAUAUUUCAGUUGAAGAAACCUCUGCUAAAGAAGGUCUGCUGCUUUGGUGUCAAAGGAAAACUGCUCCUUACAGAAAUGUGAACAUUCAGAAUUUCCAUACCAGCUGGAAAGAUGGCCUUGGACUCUGUGCACUCAUCCACAGACACCGGCCUGACCUCAUUGACUACUCAAAGCUUAACAAGGAUGACCCCGUAGGAAACAUCAACCUGGCCAUGGAAAUUGCAGAGAAGCACCUGGAUAUUCCAAAAAUGUUAGAUGCUGAAGACAUUGUGAACACUCCCAAACCUGAUGAAAGAGCUAUCAUGACAUACGUUUCCUGCUUCUAUCAUGCUUUUGCGGGAGCAGAGCAGGCUGAGACAGCGGCUAACAGGAUAUGUAAGGUUCUUGCUGUGAAUCAAGAGAAUGAGAGGCUGAUGGAAGAAUAUGAGAGGCUAGCAAGUGAGCUUUUGGAAUGGAUUCGUCGCACGAUCCCCUGGCUUGAGAACCGAACCCCUGAGAAGACCAUGCAAGCCAUGCAGAAAAAACUGGAGGACUUCCGGGAUUACCGUCGGAAGCACAAGCCCCCAAAGGUUCAGGAGAAGUGUCAGCUGGAGAUCAACUUCAACACCUUGCAGACUAAACUGAGGAUCAGCAACCGCCCUGCCUUCAUGCCCUCUGAAGGCAAGAUGGUGUCGGAUAUUGCUGGUGCCUGGCAGAGGCUGGAACAGGCAGAAAAAGGCUAUGAGGAAUGGUUACUAAAUGAGAUCCGGAGGCUGGAGCGCUUGGAACAUUUGGCAGAGAAGUUUCGGCAGAAGGCAUCCACGCAUGAAACGUGGGCUUAUGGCAAAGAACAGAUUUUGCUGCAGAAGGAUUAUGAGUCCGCAUCGCUGACCGAAAUCCGGGCUCUCCUGCGGAAACACGAGGCUUUCGAGAGUGACCUGGCUGCGCACCAGGACCGGGUGGAGCAGAUAGCCGCCAUCGCGCAGGAGCUCAAUGAACUGGACUAUCACGAUGCUGUGAAUGUCAAUGACCGGUGCCAGAAAAUUUGUGACCAGUGGGACAGACUGGGAACACUUACUCAGAAGAGGAGAGAGGCCCUCGAAAGAACUGAGAAGCUACUAGAAACCAUUGAUCAGCUUCAUCUGGAAUUUGCCAAGAGAGCCGCUCCCUUCAACAACUGGAUGGAGGGUGCCAUGGAGGACCUGCAGGACAUGUUUAUUGUCCAUAGUAUUGAAGAAAUCCAGAGUUUGAUCACGGCUCACGAGCAGUUCAAAGCCACUUUGCCAGAGGCGGAUGGGGAACGGCAGUCCAUCAUGGCCAUCCAGAAUGAGGUGGAGAAGGUUAUUCAGAGUUAUAGCAUCAGAAUCAGCUCAAGCAAUCCCUACAGUACUGUCACCAUGGAUGAACUCCGGAACAAGUGGGACAAGGUGAAACAGCUGGUGCCUAUCCGAGAUCAGUCCCUGCAGGAGGAGCUGGCCCGACAGCACACCAAUGAGCGCCUGCGACGUCAGUUUGCUGCACAGGCCAAUGCUGUUGGGCCCUGGAUUCAGAACAAGAUGGAGGAAAUUGCAAGGAGCUCCAUCCAGAUCACUGGAGCCCUGGAAGACCAGAUGAAUCAGCUGAAGCAGUAUGAACACAACAUCAUUAACUAUAAGAACAACAUUGACAAGCUGGAAGGCGAUCAUCAGCUCAUCCAGGAGGCUCUGGUCUUUGACAACAAGCACACCAAUUACACUAUGGAGCACAUUCGUGUUGGAUGGGAGUUACUGUUGACAACCAUCGCCAGAACCAUCAAUGAAGUGGAGACCCAGAUCCUCACCAGAGAUGCGAAGGGCAUCACUCAGGAACAGAUGAAUGAGUUCAGAGCCUCCUUUAACCACUUUGACAGGAGGAAGAAUGGACUGAUGGAUCAUGAGGACUUCAGAGCCUGCUUGAUUUCCAUGGGCUAUGAUUUGGGUGAAGCCGAAUUUGCCCGCAUUAUGACCUUGGUGGACCCCAAUGGACAGGGCACAGUCACCUUCCAGUCCUUCAUUGACUUCAUGACUCGAGAGACGGCUGAUACUGACACAGCUGAACAGGUCAUAGCCUCCUUCCGGAUCCUGGCGUCUGAUAAGCCAUACAUCCUGGCAGACGAGCUACGUCGAGAGUUGCCACCAGACCAGGCCCAGUACUGCAUCAAGAGGAUGCCUGCCUACUCAGGCCCAGGCAGCGUGCCUGGUGCUCUAGAUUACACCGCCUUCUCCUCUGCACUCUACGGCGAGAGUGAUCUGUGAUGCCCAAGUUCUGUAAUUGUUGAUCCCUUAGAACGCAAUAAAAGCUGAGGUCACGGUUGAUUUCUUGGAAACUUUGACAAGCCUUAUUAAGUUAAGAGAGAUUUAAAAAAAAAAAUUACAGCUGUGUAAAUGCUGGCAAUGCACCCUGGCUGAAAUUCAGUUUCUUCAGUAUGUGACGAUGUUCUUUGAUAGGUUCUGAAUUUUUAGCUGAA